CUGUCCGUAAUCACGGACCAACUCAGGUCCAGGCAUUUCCAUGCUAGGUCUACGUGGAAAUGUGAAGAAAGGCAUCUAUUUCAGGUAUGCUUUGAGAAUAAGCCAGGUCGUCAUUGCGUACGUUUCUUUCCCUGCGGUCAUUCGUUUUGCAAAGACUGCAUUUCACCGCUGACCUGCCUUGCCGAUAGUUGUGAGUCAAGUGCUGCGCAAAGUGUUAUCAUUGAGCUACUCGGUCAGAAGGAAUUUGAUCGCUAUGAGGGAAUUCUGUUGAAGAAAGCCCUUGAGAGAAUGGACGAUUUGGUGACGUGCCCGAAAAUCGGUUGCCAGAAACCAUCCAUGCUCAGCCAUACUUGCAACGUGUUUUGGUGUUGGUUACAACUUUUUGCACCGCUUGCUUACCUAUCUGUAUCCAUGUGGCAUCCUGUUUAUGGUACAUGGGGUCUGAGAGAAGUGACACUGGACGAGUAUCUCCCAGCAUCACAAGAAGAUCGAAUGAAAAUGGCGGCGUGGUACGGUGGAAUUGAGAAGCUGGAGGCCGAGAUGGAGAAAGCAUUCAAGAAAGUCGAUGGACGUACCUAUGCUUGGAUGCAAGGGCACAGUAAGAGAUGCCCACAGUGCAACAUUCCAAUCCAGCGGCAGUCUGGUUGUAACAUGAUGGUGUGCUCAAUGUGUGACACACAUUUCUGCUGGAACUGUGAUGCGAUUCUCGAUGGUAUUAUGUAUGGGCACUUCUCGGAAUCACCGGACUGUCAAGGACAAGGACCGCAAAUUCCACUUGGCGAUUGA